UUAUUCACACUCACACUCCAUUCAUUCCCCCCCAAAUUCUAAUCAAAACCUCUUCACUCUGUAGCUGUUAUUCCGCUAUGGAGACUCCACCAAUCAUCGUAGACCUCACACAGUCACCCGUUUCAAAACCCAAACAAACGGCGGACGUUAUGGCCGUUGAUUCUCCGGAAUAUUCCGUUAAACGCACGGUUACGAGCACCGGUGGGACUCGUGUAUCGACAAAGCAGAGGAUCAAACAAGAAGAAGCGGAAGAAGGUACGGAUUUAUGUUACAGUAAAGCGAAAAGAGCUAGGGUUUUGACUGAAAGUGAUCCGGAUGUGGUGUCUCGUGAUUCGUUGAGUACUAGGGUUUUGUUGGAAAGUUGUUCGAGAUAUGUUGAUUCUGUUAAGGAGGAAUUGGGUGAUGGGUUUGGAGAUUUGAUUGAUGCUGAACCGAUUUCGGUGUGUAAAGUUGAGAAAAUGGAUGAUUUAGAGGUGAAACAAUCGAAAUUACACACAGACAUUUCGUCGAACACCUUACGUGCACCGUCAAAACUUGAAGGGUCAGCUCUAGAAGGUUCUGUGAAGAAAGAAUAUGACAUGAUGAAUCAAAAGCCUAAGUUAGUUAGCCCGAUUUUGUCAAAAUCUCACACAGACAUUUCGUCGAACACCUUACGUGCUUCUUCAAAGGUUGAUGGUUCGGUUCUAGAAGGUUCUGUGAAAAAAGAAUAUGAUGGGGUGGAUCAGAAGCCUAAGUUAGUUAAGCCCAUUUCAUCGGUGAGGCCGGAUUUGGGUAAUGUGUCGGGUUUAAGUAAGAAGGGGCAGAAAGUUGUGGAGGAUAGGAAGGUGAGUUUGGUAGGAAUAGAGACUGGGGAUUUUGAAGAGGAGGCUGAUUGGUUGUUGGUGGGACGGACCGCGAUUACAGGGUUAUCGACAACGAAAGGGCGGAAGCUUGAGGAUAAUGAGAUUGUUCAUUUUGCUUUUCCUAAUGGGGAUGUGAAAGUGAAGAGUGGUUAUUGGGCGAAUUCGCGAGGUGGAAGUGCUGCUUGUGGGAUUGUUAGAUUCUCUACUAAAAGAUCCGGAGAGAUUGGUCGUCUUCCAAUGGAGUGGUCAAAGUGUUUGAUUCCGCUUGUUAAUUCGAAAAAGGUUAAAGUUCUUGGUAGAUGUGUGGCUGCACCUGCAAGUCUAAGCAUGAUGCAAGAGAUUAUGCUUUACAUAAGCUUUUAUAUUCAUCAUUCGAUAUUCACUGAAGAUGGAAAUUGUUCAUGGAAGUUAGAUUCUCCAUCAAACAUUGACACUACAAUUUAUCCUUUGUUGACUUUGUUCAAAUUGUUGAAAAAGAGCCCAUUUCAAAAGGCUGAGUUUACACCGGAAGAGCUCGACACUCGUAAACGCGCGCUUACUCUUGAAAAUGAUUUAAACGAAGCUGCAUCAGUGCUGCCUAGCGCAAAAGGCCGGAAGGGUGGUCAACCAUUGCUUAUAGAACCAAACAAAGACGCUCAAGUCCUCACCGAAUCAUCAUUAAACAAGCUUGUUGGGGCUGCCGAUAUGUAUAAUCUAGAGGAAAUGGAUCCUCCAACCACACUUACAUGUGAUUUAAGGCCAUAUCAAAAGCAAGCUCUCUAUUGGAUGACAGAAUCGGAAAAAGGCAUAGAUGUUGAAAAGGCAGAAGAAACGCUUCACCCGUGUUGGGCUGCAUAUCGUAUUUGUGACGAAAGGGCAACUGCAAUUUAUGUGAAUAUUUUUUCUGGUGAAGCAACUACUAAAUUUCCAAAAGCAACACAGAUGGCUAGAGGAGGAAUAUUAGCAGACGCAAUGGGGCUUGGUAAAACAGUGAUGACCAUUUCUUUGAUCCUUGCAAGACCACACAAAGGAACCUGCGAAAACGAAGACGAAAAUGAGUUCAUAAAAAAGAAUAAUGGCUACGAAACAAAUGUUUCUAGAAGACCACAAGGUGGAACACUAAUUGUUUGUCCUAUGGCUUUGCUGAGCCAAUGGAAGGAUGAACUCGAAACCCAUUCAGCACCAAACAGUAUAUCUGUUUUCGUACAUUACGGAGGCGAAAGAAGCACUGAUCCAAAAGUGAUAGCUGAACCUACUGUCGUCUUAACAACUUACGGUGUUCUAUCUGCGUCUUAUAAAAGCUUUGGUGAAAAUAGCAUAUUUCAAAAGGUAGAUUGGUAUAGAGUGGUGUUAGAUGAAGCUCAUACGAUUAAGUCUUCAAGAAGCCAAGGUGCUCAAGCCGCUUUUGCGUUAUCUUCGUACUGUAGGUGGUGCCUUACUGGUACCCCUCUUCAGAAUAAUUUGGAAGACCUGUACAGCCUUUUGUGUUUCUUGCAUGUUGAACCAUGGUGCAACUGGGCAUGGUGGAACAAAUUAAUUCAGAAGCCUUAUGAGAACGGUGAUAAAAGAGGGCUAAAGCUCGUAAAAGCGAUAUUAAGACCACUCAUGUUGAGAAGAACAAAAGAUACAAAAGAUAAAGAGGGAAGGCCAAUUCUUGUUCUACCACCAACUGACAUCCAAAUUAUCGAAUGUGAACAAUCCGAAGCCGAACAUGAUUUCUACGAUGCCCUUUUCAAGAGAUCUAAAGUUCAAUUUGAUCAAUUUGUAGCGCAAGGCAAAGUUCUUCACAACUAUGCUAAUAUACUUGAGCUCCUACUUAGAUUACGACAAUGUUGCAAUCACCCAUUUCUUGUUAUGAGUCGAGGCGAUUCCCAACAGUUUUCGGAUCUAAACAAACUCGCAAGAAGGUUUCUCGACAACAAUCUUGAUUCAUCAACUCCGAAUCCAAGUAAAGCCUACAUACAAGAAGUUGUCAACGAUAUCAAAAACGGCGAAAACACUGAAUGUCCCAUAUGUCUAGAAUCUGCAGAUGACCCUGUGCUCACACCAUGUGCACAUAGGAUGUGUAGAGAGUGUCUGUUAUCCAGCUGGCGAAGCCUGACCCACGGGUUAUGCCCGAUUUGUAGGCAAGAUUUGCGAAAAACCGAUCUUAUUACGUGCCCGACUGAUAGUAAGUUUAGAGUUGACAUUGAGAAGAAUUGGAAAGAGUCUUCGAAGGUUUCGAAGUUGUUGGAAUGUUUGGAUAAUAUAAGGAGAAAAGGGUGUGGAGAGAAGAGUAUUGUUUUUAGUCAGUGGACGUCGUUUUUGGAUCUUUUGGAGAUUCCGUUGAAACGGAGAAACAUUGGGUUUUUACGAUUCGAUGGAAGUUUGUCUCAGAAGAAUAGAGAGAAGACUUUGAGGGAGUUUAGUGAAACCACUGAUAAAAUGGUGUUGUUAAUGUCGUUAAAAGCCGGUGGCGUUGGCUUAAAUUUGACUGCAGCUUCUAAUGUAUUUCUUAUGGACCCAUGGUGGAAUCCUGCGGUUGAGGAACAAGCGAUUAUGAGAAUUCAUCGUAUCGGUCAAAAACGAACUGUUUGUGUUAGAAGAUUUAUCGUUAAGGACACGGUGGAGGAACGAAUGCAACAAGUUCAGGCGAGGAAGCAGCGGAUGAUUGCCGGAGCGCUAACUGAUGAGGAAGUUCGCUCGGCUCGGCUUGAAGAACUUAAGAUGCUCUUUAGAUGAUUUAUUUUGUUAGAAUGAUUUCUCUUUUGUGAAAUGGAAAUACAUUUGGUUUAGUUUAUGGGUUAAUUUUUGUAAAUUUUGUUCUUUAUCAAGAGCUUUUGUCAUAGACAAUUGAAACUAACUAAGCCGUUAAUAUUGAAACAAGUUGGCUGGUUUGAUGAAUUUAA